CUGGAGGGGGCGGUGGAGGACUGUUAUCCGGAGACAGGAUUUCACGCCCGGCUGAAGUUAGGAAGUAAUGAUUCAUCCCGCCGGGUUACUCGUUAAAUCGUGCUCCGGAGAAACUGCGUCAGUGUAACAGAAACCGUAGCGGGCCGGUGGACUUUGGCUGCGGUCGUCGGCGUGAUCGAGCCGCGUGAGAAACGGCCGCCGUCAAGGAGAAGAAGUGUCACCGCCGCUCCAGCGCUCCGCACAGGGGGACGAGGGGAGACAGUCCGCGGCCAUGGCUGCCCACGGUAGCUCGGGGACCACCUCCAGCCCCAUGGUGAUCCUGGCGCCCAAGACCAAGACGAAAAAGAAGCAUUUCGUGCAGCAGAAGGUGAAGGUGUUCCGAGCCAGCGACCCGGUCCUGAGCGUCUUCAUGUGGGGCGUCAAUCACUCGAUCAAUGAUCUCAACCAGGUGCCCGUUCCCGUCAUGCUGCUGCCCGACGACUUCAAAGCCAACACUAAGAUCAAAGUCAACAACCACCUCUUCAACAAAGAAAACCUCCCGGGACAUUUCAAGUUCAAAGAAUAUUGUCCUCAGGUCUUCAGAAAUCUGAGGGAACGUUUUGGUAUCGAGGAUCUGGAUUAUCAGGUGUCACUGACUCGCAGCUCCCCGAUGAGAAGCGUCGAUGAUCAGGGUGAAGGUUUGCUCCUCAACUCCUACGACCGAGCGCUGGUCGUCAAGCAGAUCUCCAGCGAGGAUGUUGCCGACAUGCACAGCAUCCUGUCGGAGUAUCACCAGCACAUCGUGAAGUGUCACGGCAGCACGCUGCUGCCUCAGUUCCUGGGAAUGUACCGGGUGAGCGUGGACAGCGAGGAGACCUACCUGAUCGUCAUGAGGAACAUGUUCAGCCACAGACUGGUGGUGCACAGGAAGUACGACCUGAAGGGCUCUCUGGUGGCUCGUGAAGCAAGUGACAAAGAAAGGGGAAAAGAGCUCCCCACCUUCAAGGACAUGGACUUCAGGAACAACAUGCAGAAGGUUUACGUGACAGAGGAGCAGAAGGAGAAGUUCAUGGAGAAGCUGAACAGAGAUGUGGAGUUCCUAGUGAGGCUGAAAAUCAUGGACUACAGCCUGCUGCUCGGCAUCCAUGACGUCGGCCGGGCGGAGCGUGAGGAUGAGGAGGUCGAGGAGGUGUCCAACGAGGAGGAGCCGGAGGCGGAGAACGGCCUGGCGGGGGCCACGGUGGGUUCUUACGGAACGUCUCCGGAAGGAAUCGCCGGCUACAUGUCGUCCUGCAAACCUCUGGGACCCGGAGAGUUCGACCCCUACGUGGACGUGUACGCUGUCGGGAGCUGCCCAGGAGCUCCUCAGAGGGAGGUUUACUUCAUGGGCCUGAUCGACGUCCUCACUCAGUACGACACCAAGAAGAAAGCAGCUCAUGCAGCAAAAACCGUCAAGCACGGGGCCGGAGCUGAAAUCUCCACAGUCCACCCCGAGCAGUACGCCAAACGAUUCCGCGACUUCAUCUCCAACAUCUUUGCGUGAAGCUCGAAUCUUUCCAGCUGGGAGCUAAAAGUCUUAGAACCAAAACAUAGAGUGCACACACGGAUCAUUAUUUAAAAUGUGGUGAUCUGAAGCGAGACUUUACGUUGUAGCAAUAUCAUGUACUACUUCUGAUGCAUAUAUUUAUUUUUAAGAUUUAAGAUGUAUUUCUAUAGAUAUUAAACACUCUUAACAGAAUAACUCUGCAAACAAACUGCUGUUGAUCAGUGUUGAAAGUGUUAAACUAUAUCAGACAUCGUCUUUUUUCCACGUGGCUCUGGUUUUUCCAGGCAUUAACUGAAAGGAUUUGUUUCUAUUUUUGGCUUUUUACAGAGAGUUAGAUGAGAACAGAGGCUCAUGUCUGUACAGUGUUAAUAUAAAAGACAGUUAGCUUAGCUUAGCACGAAGCCUGAGCCAAACAAACUCGGCCUGCUAGCGCCUUUAGGUGAAGUUAUAUUAAGAGGUUCUGGUGGUUUAGUUAAGCUUUUUUUUUUUUUUUUUUUUUUUUUUUUAAAAACUAAAAUUACAAAUUCAUAUAGAUUUUUUUUAAUUAAUCUACAAAAACCUGCAGAGAAGAUGCACUGCUUUUACUUUAACAACCUCCAAUAGCACCAAUAAUGUAAUAAUUUACUGAAAAUGCAGUAAAAUUUUCUCUUAACGUGAUCAAAAAUGUAUUAAAACCCAAUAAUUAUCCUGAUCUUUGUGGACGCUAGGCUCUGUUUGCUUGUAUUUGCCUUGAACUCUAAAAAUAAUUAAAGAUGAACUUGAGCUACUGAGCCCAACUGAGGGUAUAUAUCUAAAAAAUAAAUGUGUAAAUAAAUUAGAAAUAUAAAUAAAUCCUUUUCAUAAUAAUUGUAGCAUAAUUAAAAGUAAAAAGUAGAAAUACUAUGUAAAAUAAUAGGUGAAGUUCGAUGUUCUGUUCAGGUAUUUUGCAAAUAAAAAUACAAAUAAAUCCAAAUAUUUACUAGUUAUUUUAAGAAGUUCUGUCGUUUAAUUAUGUUUUUUGUUUUUAACUAAAAAUACAAUUUAAUUUUUUAUCUACAUGGACUUUUACUUUGAAAGGUGUCCAUGAUGCCUUCAGGUUCCAUCCAACAACCUCCGGUAGCACCAAUAAUCUAAUAAUUCACUAAAAAUGUAGUAAGAUUUGGUUUUUUUUAACUUGAUCAGAACUGUAAUAAAACGUCCUGACUGAAAUUCUAGGAACACAUUUACUAGUAAUACUUUGAAAACCGGUCAUUUUUUCACUAAAGACUUUUUACAAAUAUUGUAAUAUUUUUGUUUUUCAGUCCAAACUGUGUUGAAAGAAUUUAAUUUAUUCUAAAUGCAUUGGAUUUUGAAUAAAAUAAGCACAGUUAAAGUGGAGACAAGCGUUCUGGGCUUAUUGAUUAGACACUGAACCACUACGGAAAAUUCCAAAUAAUUGAUCCCUAAACGUUUCUCUUGACUUCACCAAAAGCUGCCUAAUGAAACUUUACAUUUACAAGAAUAAAAGCUCACUUAUUUUGACAUUAUUACAUUAUCUGUCUGAAUUAUUGCAUCAAAUAUGGCCCUCAUAGAAGGUGUCACAUGACCAGAAAAGCAUAUUUUGACAGUAUUGAUGAGGAUAUUUCAGUAGAUUAUUGGGUUUUUAUUACAUUUUUUGUUCAAAUUUUAAGUAAGCAUUAUUGGGAGCUGCAGUAGUGUUCAGGACUGAAGAAGGGAUAAAAUAUCGCUUAAUAAUUGAAGGUGAAGAGAAGAGAAAGUGAACAUUUUUAUCAGUUUCUUAUGUGAAUAGUCAGGGCUGGACAGAACCCAGAUAAAACCCUCAAUUUUGAUUUUCCAAGUUGUUAAAUUAGUGAACUUUCGAGCUGUUUUUAUUCUCUUGUAGACAGAGGUAAGCUAAGCUAACAGAUGCUAGCUGUAGCUUCAUAUUCACUGUACAAAUAUGACUCAUCAAACUCUCUGCAAGAAAGCAGCACAUUUCCCUAAAAGCUUCUCCUUCAACUCUUAUUUAAUGAGGAUUAAAAUAUAAUGCUAGUCUAGAUGGUACACUUGGAAAAUAAUAUUAUUUGUCGAUAGAAGUGAAUGUUUGGUGCCAAACGUGUGUUUAUCAAAGCUUUAAUCGAAGCCGGAUUUGCACUUUGCACACAGUUAAUUAGACUUUUUUGGCAGAGCAGUUCAACAAAACCCAAUUUCAAUGGAUCAAAUACUGUUUUCUACCAAAGUUUCUGCUACAUUUCCUCAAAAAAUCAUGCAGAACAGCCAAAUCACAAUUUAAGUUUAAGUACAAAAAUAUAUAAACAUAUCAAGUAAUUUAGCCUGUAAACCUCCCAUCCAACGCGAUUCGACUCCUUUCGUAGUGUUUUGUGUGUUAGACAGGCUGAUAUGUGGAUCAUUGUGGUAGGUUAGGACGUAGAAACAUUAGCAGCAGGAACUACAGUGUGUGUGUGUGUGUGUUGUUAGAUUUAGUGAUAACCGUGGUAGAUGUCUGACAGUAACUCUACAUUUCAGUAGCUUAGCCUUAACACCGUGAGAUGACGCAGCAGAAACACACCUCAAUGACUGCACAUGUUGUAUUUUUGCAAAUCAGCUUUUGGACCAAAAUAUAUUUUACAAACAA